AUGUCGCGGGGACGUUCUGUAGCGACAAACGGGGACGACGGCCACCCGCUUUACCAGUCCAGACCCGUUUCAACCCCGGAAAAAGGAGCACGAAUGGCGACCUUCCCAAGUUGUGGGACUACCAAACAACCAUCCAAAACGGCCACAAGCUACCAGCACAAGGCAGACAGAUACGCGAAUUUAGAAGAAAUGGGGAUGGGUUCCAUAGGCAAGCGCCCGAAACACGGCGAGAGUCAAGUGGACGAAGCAGAUGUCGAGAGUGAUCCUUUGGAGCAGACGGCAGCAGCACUUGCGUCAAUCAAUAUGGCCAGGUAUCAAGAUUCCAAUAGCUUUUUGGAAUCACAGCAUCAAUCUCUGGGGGAAGUUUUUGAAAAUCCAACAGCAGCAACUCAUCGUGCAAUUUCGGAGGCUUCGCACGCAGUACAACCUUCUUCGACUCGGUCAUCGAAAGCAAGGCCAUCAGAGGAGUCAGUGUCAGUCCCUCCCCCCUUGUAUCACCAGAAAAAGCAUGGCAAGCACGUCCCCGCAAAGUUUCGUGGGACGAAGAAGGGUGGCAAUAUGGCGUCGCAGGCUGGCACGGUCAAUUCUUCGAAAAAGCGCAAACUGAAACGACGCACUUCCAAUAUUUCAGCGCAACGUGAAAAGCGCAAAAGUGCUGGUGGGAGUAGUAUCAGCAACACGAGCCGGACUGUUCCUGUACAGGAUGACGCACCGGAUCGCAUUGUCAAUCCCUUGCUGGAACUUGUAGCGGCGCCAAACAGUCAACCCAGUGCCGCAGACAUGAUUCCUCUUUAUGAUGUGUGGUUCCCUCGCCCCGAUACGUACUCGGUCGCGUACGCAGCCAGACUGCUCGGUUUCGAUGUCCCUGUCGUCGCCCCCUCUACUGCUGUCGUAACUCUAACAACGUCAUGGCCGCUGUUGCGGAAUUAUUCGUCGACGCUUAGUAUUCCUGAUAGUGGUCGAACGUUGCCAGCUCUAUGGGAACAGUAUCAGCAGGGUAGCUGCGAGAAUGAUCCCAUAUGGCAAGAAAGCACGGUAGAUCCGCUGUAUGUGUCCCUGAUACGACAACCAGAGCUGGGUCGUCUUUUAGUAACACCGGCUCAGCAAAGCCGUCUGCUGUCCUCACUCACCGACGAAAUCAUGCUCCCAGUAUUGGAUCUUGCCAAAAGCAAAGGUGGUGGGUCCGAAUGGACAUGGUCAAGUCUGGCUGAUUUUCACGAAAGAAAUCCGGAAAAAUCCUGGCCUUCUUCUCUGGAUACUAUUUCUUCCGGUAUUUAUGUUUUAAGCGACAACCUGCCCAUCGGUCUCGUUUCCUAUCGAUUUGAAUGGCAUCCGCUGAGUCACGACACGUCCGAAGUGAUCCUUUCGCUGGAUGGGCUAAGUACAGCCGAUGACAUAUCGUACAUUGGACAAAAUGCCACAACCCAUCAUGUACCAGAGUCGGAAACCCGGUUGUUGCUUGUAACGCUGAUUUGCCUUGCACUAGAACAUGCUAGGGCUUCGCACGUGUGGUAUGCAACUAUUACGGUACCUCAUCAACUGCGCGAUUUUUUUGUACGAUAUUUUCGCAUGGUACCGAUCGAGGCAGCGAAAGACUGCAGUCUGGAGGGUAAAGCUAGAAAUACCACGACGACCGCCGCCAAAGAUUCUCGCCAAACACGCACUUCUGCUGGUCACGGACAGUUUCCUGAAAACGACGACAAAUGUAAUGUCGGACCAAGAAAUUCCAUUGCCGAUAUGGAUUCCGGAAAAGAAGUGCCGGGAGAUAAGAUAGGUCUUCUUGUUGCAAGAUGCUCCAUGUCCGAAAAUGUGAUGCCAAGUGCCGAUUCGAAGCAUGCAAAAAUGGAUUUUGCGGUUUUUUCUGCGACGACCAGUAGUGGGCUCUUGCAACACAAGUCGAUCAACAACACAUGGACAGGAAACGGUAUACAGGAGCCUGAUGGCAAUGCUACGAGUGCACUAGAAACGGACGAUUUAAAAUCUUCAUUGAAAUCUGAGAUCAAGUCUCUACAGAAGGACAAGACGCUGGAGCGACAAGAUGUUGAUAUAGUUGGUCUUGUUUGCGAUCUCAAUCGAUGCAGCUACCGCUACGCUUUUUUAAUGCUGACAGAAGCGCAAGAAGCACGUGAUUCGGCCUCCAAUUACCAUACGCAACAUGAAGCAUCUCAAAAGCAACGAUGGUUGGUCCAAAUGCCAAGCGUAGACGAGGCGAGAGCGACCCACCAAAAUGCCGAAGCGCCAUCAACCUGUGGUUCAACGAUCAGAACAAAAAGAGCACCGACUCGCAAAUCCGUCCACUUCUUUACAAACCCUGAAUCAAUUGUACGCGAUGUAAGCGUUCGGUUCCGAGGCAAGGUUAAGGACGAAAACAAGAUUGAAUUCUUUCAUCUCGAAUUUGAUGGAGAGCUUGGACCAAAGAUUAUUGCAUCUCGUGUAAACGAUGGGACGAAGCUGGAUGUGAUGCGAGCAUUUUCGCCACCUUCAAGUAUUAGAACUGAUACUUGUACUGAAGACGAUGAGAUUUUGCGUCAUCUUCUUUCUAAAAAAAAGCAACUGGAGGAGUUUGAGGGAAACUUUGAGCCAGCACUUCGCUCCAUACUACGAAAGAUUGUGGAGGAGCGAACGGUUUAUGAAAGUCCGGAAACUGUCGAACAGCGAAAUGAAGAGAAAAAUAUCCUUUACGAAAACAAAAGGAUGUUGCAGCGGCGUAAGGAGAUGGACAAGGCUGUGGAGAAGCAACGCGAGCAAGACAUGGACGCCGUUUGCGACAUUUGCAACGACGGAGAAGUAACACCAGAUAACCAGAUUCUUUUUUGCGAAGCAUGUAACGUCGCAGUUCACCAAUUCUGCUACGGGAUCGAAAGAAUUCCAGCUGGGGACUACUACUGUUUGGCAUGUCGAUAUCUAGGCAGGGACAAGUUGGACAGCGCUCCAGCUCCGCUUCCCAUCAGGUGUGAGUUAUGUUGCAAAAAGGAAGGAGCCUACAUCAGGACGGCCGCAAAAAGUGAUGAUGUAUCGUUGGCUACUUUUGGAAAAUGGGUACAUAUGGUAUGCGCAAAAUGGCAAGGUCUAAACUUCGUAGACGAAUCAAGCCCUGAUCUUAUCGAAGACGUUUCUGAGCUGAAAUUGGGAUUUAGGCAACUGAAUAUCAGUUGCUACCUCUGUCUAGCGGAGAGAGGGGCCAUGAAUGUUUGCCGACACGCCGGAUGUAAACGAUGGAUUCAUGUAACGUGUGCAAGAGCCGUGGGAACGUGCAACGUGGUCCAUGGAGAAAAUGUUAAAGGACCAGUUGAAGUCAAUCCAUGGACACUUUUGUGCCCUGAGCACUCAUCUGUACCUGUUAGCGAAAUACCAAAACAUUCUUUAUCCACCGAAACACUUAUCUCAAUUGCCCAAGAAUUUCCAAUAGAGCCCAAACCUGCGCCAGCCCCCAUUGCCCUGAUUCCGUUCAAUACUGCAAACGAAAUCGAGCGCAAAGCCCUGCUCGCGAACAAAGCGUAUGAGGCCGAACUUUUGGUUGAGAUAACGAUGAAAAAACUGUCCGGUGUCCGAUGCGAGGGCAACUACAAAUGCCCACGGUGUAUAUUUGUGGAAACGGCAAUCAAAGAAGGUCGGGGUUUCACGACGCCGUCUUGUAUCGCUUGCUAUCAACAAGGCGGAUGGUUACGUGCUAGUCACGCACGUCCUGUUAGUAAAAAGAGCUACUGGAAACACAACCCCAGAGAAUUUGAGAAGUCAUUGUUUGGCCGGCAGCUAUGGUGUCAUACGCUCUGUGCAUUUUGGCACAAGCAGUUGAUCCUAUCUCCCAAAACCGGCGAGAUUGAUCUUUCUGAUGUUGUGAUGUCCAGCGGUCGCGGUUUGAUAAAAGGAAACACGUUCUGCUUUUUGUGUGGACAAUCUGGUGGCUUGAAAUUGCAGUGCGAUAACGAAGGUUGUCAUACGGAAAAAAACAAUCGCAAGUCGCAUACAUGUUUCCAUGUAACUUGCGCUCGCCAGGCUGGAUUGGAAGUAGAGGCGUACGAUAUCGGCCGAAAAAUGCAUUUUUAUGUAAAAUGCUACAGACAUGGAGGUAACGAAUUCAACCUACGAGCGCGAUUGGAAGAUAUGAUUGAAAAAGAGAAACGGCGAGCCGGAAAAACAUUUGCGAGGGUCGAUUCACCCAUGACGUUUGCCCAUGCAUCGCGCCUUCUAAAUUCCGCUAUUCUCGUCCUUCGUAUCUUCGGCUGGGCGUGGCGAUGGGCAGAAUGGUGGGUCGACUAUGAUUCAUCGUGGGAACCACUGCUGGAACCUGGGGAGGUAGAAAGUGACAUGACGAAAGAGGAGCUGAAAAUAGUUACAAGUUCUCGAGAUAGCCGUUGCGAGGACGCACGACAGUGUCGCUUGGCUGCAUUUGGAGCAGCCUUAAGAAAUCGCUGCUACGACACGGAAGACGAUUUCGACCGCGAAGCCCUUGACCGAGCCUUGCGCGCCGUGCUGAGUACACCGAGCCUGGUUGGACCAUUGGAAGACUUUGAAAAAGAAUUCUUCGUGGAUUGGCUGGGCCGAGCCUAUCGGUCAAAGAGUAGGAUUCUUGGCUUUGGAGAGGACAAGAUUAGUGUUUCAAGCAGCCGGUUUUGUGCACACAUUGAUGGAGGAACUCCUAAACAUGAACUAGGUACGCGGCCAACUCCUGGUACCCAAUCACUCCAAAAAGGCAAAUGCUUUGAAGAGUACGUUGAGGAAACGGACGAUUUCUUGAAGACGAGUGUGAUGGUUGACGACAUCCGAAGCUGUCCUCGACGAGACAGAGCAGCUACGUCCGAAAGUUCUCCUGUGGCAAAUCCUUCUGUCAAAGUAGGCGAGCCAUCGAUCCUUUCAAAGAAGCGACCCGGACGACCACCGUCGGUGGAUCCUUCUAAUUUUACGGAGCGUGCGCCUUGUCUUUCGCCUAAACGAAAACGACCGGGACGCCCACGCAAAUAUCCCCGUCCGCUAGAUGUUUCCAUUUCAAAUCCCAAAAGAAUAAGUUCGCCAGCGAAAAGCAAACGGGAACGACCACAACCAAUAAUGGAUGCUCCCGUCUUUUCUCCACCGCCAAUUGAAGCCAAGCUUACGCUGCCUCCGUCAGCUAGCGUCAUGCCUCCACUAAUUGGCAAUAAACGAAAGCGUGGGCGGCCUCCUAAAUCAGGAAAGACAACUCCUAUUCCCCACGUUUCAACAUCGCAUCCGAUCAGGCAGGAUCCUUCUGUAGAAUUUGAAAUUGUAAAGCGGACACGACGGGGUCGACCACCCAAGAAUCUUAAACCUGACUUCAUUGAAGAAAGCACUGAUAAGCCAACUCUCACCAAUACAAAUGAUCUGGGAAAUCAGUUUGAAUCUGAGCAAGCUAGAUCAUCGAUGGAGGACGAGUUGCAUGCAAUGCCGGCGGACAAGAUCAAAGGGCUUGUUCACAGUAUGCCAACUCACAAAAACAAAAUUCCAAAGGGAGUGCACCAGCACAAAGACUCCGAGGAAUGGAACAAGAGAAGCCAAGAUGGGGCAAAGAUUGAAUGCGAUCCUUUUGAAAGUAUUCGAACUAAUUCCACGAGAUCAAUAGUAGAGUCUGCGAUAGACGCCACGGAUAACAGAAUUCUUCCGAUGGAGCAAGCGACUUCAUCCUCAACACCAACACGACCUCUCAGUAGGCGCCCACGUCGCACACUUGGUGUCACUCCGCAGCAGUUGGAAGACACGGGGAGUGCGUUUGAUGUCGUUAAGCGCCGCCGACGCAUCCUUGCCACCACCUACGGAACUGAAGAGAGUAAAAGCACGGACACCACGCAAGCUACCCGUCAAUCAUCUGAGCUGAGAAACGGCGACGACAAAGAUCUCGAUAACGACGACGAUCUUCCCAUUGCUAAGCUGGUCGAACGUCGGCGAAGGUUUUUUGAUCGGUAAUCAACAUUUGGAAAGGAAAAGGAUUUUGAGUUCAAAUCUUGGUAAGGCGAUAGACACGGAAACGGGGGGAUGACGAAAGCAGCAUAGCUAUCUAACAGUAACCAGAACAUUCCUUUUGCGGGCAUUUGUA